AGGUUUCUCACAAGACAAGUCAUUUUCGUACCUUUGAAUUGAGUCAGUAUUACCUCUAUGAGCUUUCAGGCAACACUUUUACGGAGAGACCCAGACAGCUCUGUCCUUAUGUAAUUGUAACUUUUCAGUACAGGGAACCAAAAAAGAUGGCUGCACCCACUCAUAAAAACAUACUUGAAAUCAAUGAAAAUGUUCUCUCUCCAUGGAAAGGGAAGCUAAUUAUUCAAGGCUGCCUACUAUGUGAUAUAACACUGUGGGCUUCUUGUGGUACAGUGAUUCCAGCACAACUACCACAUGAACUAGAUUUUAAGUAUGUAAUGAAAGUGUCAUCUUUGAAGGAAAGACUACCAGAAGCUGCCUUUAAAAAACAGAAUUACUUGGAGCAAAAAGUCUUUAGCCAAAAUAUGUGCUUCAGUAUGUAUAAAGUAGAACUAUCAAACAAACAAGGGGAAAAGGUAGAUCAACUAACAGAAUACAUGAAAAAUAAGCAACUGGCAAUCAUCAAAUGCUUAGAAGAUCGGGGAUUUUUCAUCUUACUUACAUCAUCAGCCUUAAUAUCAGAAACAAGUAAUGAAGAUGAACAGAUGGGUCUACAUGGGUUACAUCUAUUCCGUUCAUCCCUGUCAACAGGAAUGAAAGCCUUGCAAGUUGAAGAUGAUAUCUCAUUGAAGGUGGUACCCAUUUUACCUGCCCUCAAUUGUGCCCUGCUGGAAGCAAAGAAAUCAUUUACUGAAGAAGGAAUCUGUUUAAACACAUUAAUAAGACAUAAUUUCCAAGAAUUGCACAAGGCAGACAAAGGUUCAUUGACUGCUUCUUGUAAGGAUGGAAUUAAAGAGACUGCAUUUUUUGACAGACUGUCCCAUGGCUUUGACUUGGUUCCUCCAGCUGAAAAGUGCCCUUUAGAGUCUUUAACUCAGUUGCAGUCAUAUCUUUCAGAUCCUAGUGGUUACAUUUUGGAAGUAUCUACUGCAUUAGAUCUGUUGGCAGAGCAUCCUCAGUCUCCUUGUAUUUCAGAUGGAAUUUGUGAUGCUGGGUUUUCUUUAGUUAUGACUCCAGAUCCUGAAUUUCUUGACUCAGAGGCAGAAGUCAGAAAAGAAGCCGAAACAGAAAACAACUCUGCAGAGACAUUUAAAGCAAGGCAAGGCAUGCUAGUUCCAGUAAGUUCAGCAUCAAAUCUCCGAGUUCAGCCUAAGAGAAAGGCAAGCACACUGUCCAUGGAGCAGAAUAAAACGGUGAAUGUAAACCUCCCCCUUCCCAAAAGAGCUCCUGCUGGAACAGACAAGGGUUCAGACUAUCCAACAACUUUGAAAUUAGUCAAAGGGCAGUUUCCUCAGAAAAGAAAAAGAGGUGCUGAAGUGCUGACUGCUCAGUUUGUACACACAACCAUAUUGGAUAGGAAAAACCAAGAUGCUCCUAUUUCUAAAGAUGUCCCAGUGGCAACGAAUGCUAAAUGGGCAAAGAAACAAGAAAAAUCUCCAGUCAAAACUGUUCCAAGGGCUAAACCAUCUGUGAAGAAAUCUCCACAAAAACAGAGAGUAAAUAUAGAGAAAGACAAUCAGAACCCCAGAAUCAGAAAGCAGCCAGAACCUGCCAAAGGAGAAACUGCUUCACAACUUCAAUCAGAAGUUUCAUCCAGCGGUCAAGCAGAUGUUAGUAGCAUAAAUACAGAUCAACCAAAAAAUACCACAGACACUCAAAAAGAUCUUCCUGAAAGCUCCGUUGUCAACUGUGACUCUCAGGCCUUGAACAUGUUAGCUGAUCUGGCAUUGAGCUCUGCUCCCUCUACCGCACCAUCAUCUGAACCCAAAACCUCUGAAUUACCACAAAAUGAUGCUUUGCUUUCUAAGGAACAUUCUUCACGAGGUACAUCUGACCAUGAAUAUCACAGAGGAAUUAAAAGUCAAAAAGGUAGACUUUUACCUAAAGUCUCUUCUGAUAAGAACUGUGAUUUGAUGUCAAACUCCACUGCGAGCCACGAGGAGGAGAGAGUGGUUUCUGGCAACCCAGUUCCAAUUAAUGCCCAGUCUGCACUUUCUGUGGAAACACUAGAAACUUCUGUUACAAGCCUAAACUCUUUUGUUGCUGUGGAACAUUCCUAUGCUCUGCUCCUUGCAGAAAAUUCAAAGAAACAACUACAGCAGAAAGGGGCACCAGGCUCUACUUUUGCCAAGAACACCACAAAAGGCCCUGAAGCAGGAACCCCAGUGGGAAAAGUAAUGCCAUUUCGGCAUCAGCAGAGCACCUCCCCUCUGCAAAAGCAUUCUGAGGGCCCAUUGCUAAAACGCAAGAGUAGAUUGCUGUCUUCCAACCUAAAAGAUUUUUGUUGCUCACAUACUGUGCUUAGCUGUGAUGGCUCCUUUAAGGUCACUUUCAAAUGUGAAACAGAAUAUGUAUUCAGCUUAGAUAGCAAAUAUACCAACAACCCAUUGGAGAAAACUGUAAUAAGAGCAUUACAUGGGCCCUGGAACACUGAUUUACCUGAUAAUGUGGAAGAAGUGAAGCUUUUACUUCAUAUGUGGGUAGCUCUGUUUUACAGCAAUCAGAACAAAGUUAUAAGGUCAUCCCGACGAGUAGUAGAGCACAGCAACCCAGCAAAAUAUGUGUCUAUCAAUAGCACACUAGAAUCUUUUGAAUUCAGUGAAAUUGAGGAAUCUGCCAGUGUGCCAAGGUGUUCUGCAGACCCUCUGUUGGAGACUGUUGUCACACGUGGAGCUUGUACGACUGCUGUGUCCUUCCCUGAAGCUAACCCUGUGCUUCCUCUCAUUAAACGACCAUUGACAAGAGGCGUGGGACUCUGGGUAGAGAAUGAACAGGAAGAAAUGUUUGUAAGAACGGAACAUCCAGAUACCCAAAAAAGCCAGCAUUUCGUCUAUUCUUGUAAUAAUGAGGUAAUUGGUAGGAAAGCCAAACAAGAAUCAUCAAAUAAAUCAGAGACUUACAGUCCUGUGCUUACUGAAAUUGGAAGUACUGAAGCUUCUAUUCCUUCUAUCUCUGGUGAAGGUAAAACCUUUAAACCACUUGAUGACAUCACAGUGACUCCUGACAAUGAUACUGUCACACAAACCACAGUCACCAAAAGUUAUGAUGGCCUCAGCAGUCACUCAGUUAUUUGUCAAAAGUCUGUGCACAACACGCUUGAAGGCAAAGUUGAUAUUUUUCAUUCAACAGUAUGUAAAAAUUCUGGUGCUUUACAGGAGCUUAUCCAGCAUAGCAACCCCAUGAGCAAAGAUUGUCAGCCUUCAUUGGAAAGGAAGGAUGAUAAAACAGGAUAUGUAAUGAUUAAUCUGGAACCAGUUACUCUCACUUUUGAAAAAAAUGCCUAUGUACCGGUAGAGGCAGAAGCUAUAAAUAGAGCUGAGAAACCUACAGCCUUUAAUAUGGAACUUACUAAACAAAUAUCACCUGCUGCAAGUCUUCAGCAUCCUGUAUCCGCAUUUGAAAAGCCACAACAAAUAAAAGGUCUUAAGGACAUUUCAUCUCUAGCAGUGCCUGGACAACAAGGCACUAAAUAUCUUUGUGCUACUUCUUUAAGUAAAGAGAUAUUUGCUAAAGAAAAAUGUUCAUUACAGCCUAUUCCAGGCUCAUCGUCAUCAUCUAAUCCAGUGGCAAUGGAGGCAUUAUCAUUAAUUAAAAGUUCUAAUUACUUGUUACCCAGAGAAGACACAGAACUCUCUCAAGAAGUUUUGCUGCAGACCCCGAAUGCCUUUGGUGUAUCUUCAGAAGAGAUUAUAGAGCCAUUGCAGGUUGAAGAAGCGGUCUCAUCAUCAGCCUCUGCCACCUUGGGAAAAAAUUACUCUCUUAACAGCAUUUCAUCAGGUAGUAAUAUGUCAGAAGUCUCUUCAGAAUUAAAGAAUGACAAGAGUGCUCUAAGUAGUGAAAAUUUGAAUUUUGAAUCAUUUAACUCAGCAUUUACCAGGCAAACUAGUCAGUCUACAAAUGAAGAGAUCAGCUUAGAGUUACCAGAGGAAGAUUCUGACAUUGACCUAAAUCUCACCAUAUCACCACCCACGAGCCCCAGAGAAGUAGUGUCAUCUGGAAAAAUAGAACAAGAUCUAGAGGCCCCAUUAACAAAUGUAGAAUUCCAGGAUAUGACUAAAGAAACCAUUGAGCCAGAACAGGCAAUGUGCAAAGAAAACAUUGAGGUGAAUUCUGCUAGUUAUAUAUCAGUGUAUCCUACAGUGUCAAAUAAACCAUUGGAAAAUGAGGGAAAAAGUGAUAAUUCCCAACCAGUUACUUUAAUAGUUCCUAAGGAAAGUUGUACUCUUGAGAUCAUGGAGGAAGUUCAUAUUCCCUCAGACUUUACCUUUGCUUCUUUAAUUGAAGAAGUGUCUCCAGCUUCUAGUCCUGACCCCCAGGUGCUAGCUGAAGAAAUACGACCAUCUCAGGCUUUGUCUCUAUGUGAGAAAAAUGGCAAAUACUUCGAGGUUGAGUCAGGAGAUUUGGCUAUAAAUGAGAAAGAAAAUCUUUCUGUUCAUCCUAGCCAUCCAAUGGGACAAGAAAAUAUAACUCAGGUACAACAGAUGCAGCUUUCUGCUGAAACACCUCUAGUAUUAAAUAAUCAUUCAGAAGGAAAAAAUAAACAUUUAACCCUCCCAAGUAAAGUCACUGACAAAAUUAUUCGAAGUGAAUGUGAUGAAAGUUUCUCUUUCUCAGAAAAAACAUCCUGCUGUGACACAGCAUCAAACAGGGCUGCCCCAGCAACCAGUUGCAGAGAUGACUGCAAGCCUUCUUUUGAAAAGCGAGUAAGGUCAGGAAGUCCAUUGCAGCCGAUUAGUGUAGAGAAUAGAAAUUCAAACUUAAAGCAUCUUGUCUUAGAAACCAGUGAGUUUCCAUUUAGACCUGGAAACAUUCUUGAAAAUACAACUUUGGCUGACACAUUUGUUUCUGUAACUGCUCCAAAUGAUGUAGUGAAUAUAUCAUUACAACAACAAACUAGCCCUAAAAGCGUUAAGAAAAAUCUCUUGAGCCAUGAUUUCAAAACAAAUGAAGGCAAUUGCAUGCAUGUUAUGUCCUUAAACCCCAACUCAAUUGAUGGGAUUGAUCUAUCACAGGUACACAGGCGCCUAGAGAGUUCCAAACUGACUUCCUCCUCAGAUGGUUCUAUGUUAACCCAUUGUACCAAACCCAUAAGUGGAGAGACAGGGGUUCAAACACAGGAAAUAUCAGUAGUCAGAAUGGCCAGUUUACUUAAAAUUGGUGAAACUAAAGCUGAGUUACAUGAAAGAUCUAAAGAUGUAGUUGUUGACUCAGAAUUAAACACCCUAUCUCCAAAAGGUGAACAGAAAACAGUCCAUGGGCUGCGAGCUAUGUCAACAUGUGAAAUAAAAGAUCCACUGAAUGAUGGACUCUCCCCUGUGUAUGCUGGCUUUUACCAGAACACAGCAGUCCCCUGUGGAAAGAUUAUCAAUGAAGACCCUUCUGUUUCCUUUGCUUCUAAAUCCAGUGACCCUCUUGUUCAUGGAAUCUGGAAAACACAGACAGAAAAUAAGAUGGCAGGUGAGGGGCACAGGGCCAAGGAGGACACUCGAGCUCUGGGUAGAGACAUGGAUAGCAAUGCAAAUUUUGACAUCCAUUAUGAACCACUUUCGGGAGAUUCUGAUGAAGACUCUUUUGGUGAUUGUAGAAAUCCCAAAUUUGACAUGGAGGAUUCUUGUACUUUGCAAUGUCACACCAACAAAAAAGGUGCUUAUGACACCGUCCUGUGCUUAAACAGUGGUGAUCAUGAAGGUUGGGGUUACUCUAAGCAAGUUCCAGUGUUAGAGACCAGCAUUCCUCCCAGAAGCUGGUACAUUGGAUUAAAGAAAGAAAAGUGUGCACCACGUUACAUUCAGAUCCGAGACCCUCAUGGCAUCCCCAGGACUUAUGCUAACUUCACCAUAACUAAAGAGUUCCAGGACACCACUCGGACCCUACACAGCCUGAGUAGGCACCCUAGUCUCACUGCAAAGUGUGGCCUGCUCAGCUCUUGGACAAACACUUGGCAGGUCGCAGACGACCUGACCCAGAACACUUUAGAUCUGGAGUAUCUGCGUUUUGCACAUAAACUGAAACAAAUUGUAAAGGAUGGUGAUUCUCAGCACUCUUCUACUAACAUCUUUCCAAAGGAGUCACCUCUCCAAAUCACUGCUGGAAUGUUCCCUUUCACGAAAAUACCCGAGUCUCCUCUUCUGCUUCCUGUGCCCCGGAGCAGGAGUCCCCUGAUAGUGACAAUCAUGCCCUCGGAUGCCAGACCACAGAGUCCACACAUGAGAGGCCAUGUACACAGCAGUUUGGACGGUCCUUCCUUUUGGGAGGGGAGAGGUGGUCACUAUACGAAUCACCUUACAAAUUCUGAAAGAAAUCAUGGUGUUUCAUUCCACCUCAACAAACUGAAAUACAACAGUACUUUGAAAGAAUCCCGGAAUGAUAUUUCACUUAUUCUCAAUGAAUAUGCUGAAUUCAAUAAAGUGAUGAUGAACAGCAACCAAGUCAUUUUUCAAGAUAAAGAGACAAGUGUUGCUUCUGGAAGAGCCACAUCUCAGGAGAUGUGCGCAUCUUUCCCACAGUCAGCUUCCUAUGAAGACAUGAUUACUGACUUGUGUACCAGUUUGCAUAUCAAGCUAAAAAGUGUUGUGAAAGAGGCUUGUAAAAGUACCUUCCUUUUCUACCUCGUUGAGACAGAGGAUGAAUCAUUCUUUGUAAGAACAAAGAACAUUCUGAAAAAAGGAGGUCAUACAGAAAUUGAACCUCAGCAUUUCUGUCAAGCUUUUCAGAGAGAGAAUGAUACACUAAUAGUCAUCAUCAGAAAUGAAGAUAUAUCAUCAUAUUUGCAUCAAAUUCCUUCUUUGCUGAAGCUGAAGCAGUUUCCCAAUGUCAUCUUUAUGGGAGUAGACAAUCCUGAAGAUGUUCUCAAUUAUACCUACCAAGAGCUAUUUCAAACAGGCGGUUUUGUGGUAUCAGAUGAUAAAAUAUUAGAAACUUUAACAUUAGUUCAACUAAAAGAAAUUGUUAAAAUUCUGGAGAAGCUAAAUGGAAAUGGAAGAUGGAAGUGGUUGCUUCACUAUAGGGAAUAUAAAAAGCUGAAAGAAGAUGUAAGAGUGGAUCCAUCUGCACAUAAAAAGAACUUAAUACUGAAAUCUUACCAGAGUGCAAAUAUCAUUGAAUUGCUUCAUUAUCAUCAGUGUGACACUCGAUCGUCACCAAAAGCAGAACAUUUGAAAUGCCUGAUAAAUCUGCAAAUUCAGCAUAUACGUGCCAGGUUUGCUGUCUUCCUAACAGAAAAGCUUGUCUCCAGAGAAAUCUUUGAAAAUAGCGGCAUCCUUGUCACAGAUGUAAAUAAUUUUAUUGAAAAAAUACAAAAAGUAGCAGCUCCAUUUAGGACCAGCUAUUGGUAAGAACACCUUAUAUACUCUCACGUGUGACUUGAAGCAGUUAGUGACAUUUGUUUCUGUUCAUGUUUUUACCCAUGGAACUGUUUGUUGAUUUGGCAUAAAUGAGGAUUUCAGGAUCCACUAAUGAAAUAACCAGUCUACUUGAAACUACCUGUUAUUUGUCAGAAAUGAUGUGCCUUUUCACCUGGCAGUAAACUUGACAGAUGUAGUAGAUAAUUAACCUAGACAUAUUCUUUCCCCAUUAGACAGCGUUCUUACCAAUUUUGUCUUUAUCCAGGUGAUUCAGCUGCAGUUUGCCUAGACAUCUGUGAUGCCAACAAUAAAUUAUUUUUUUCUUUGAAAAAUCAGUGUUGCUACAACUUGGGAGAAAGUUUGUUGGUUUUUUUUAAAUGCUUUGCUAAAAUAGAAAAUGUUUACUGUGUCAUAACAAGUAUUUUAACCAGUAGCUUUGUUUUUGCAUGUUAAUUAGAAAGGCAUAAUGUAAUGCAUGUCAUAUGGUGUUUUAAAGAUUUUAUCACCUUCAUAGAAACUAUUAACUGUUUUAUUGACUGUUACUCAAAACACUACUUGAAGCAUUUUUUCCUGAAUGGUACAAAUUUACAACUCAUUUUUCACUCACUCAGCUUUUGUAAAUAGAACUACAAAAUCAUCUCUCUGGGGGAGAAAAUAAAUUUAUUUAUGAUACUAGAAUUUCUCAAAACCGAGCAAAAACAUUUGUAAGAUACAUAUACAGUAUCAAUUUGAAACAACUUUUUGUAACUAAUUUGGUUUCAUUUUUUAAUAAAGACAGCUAAAAAUGCAAUUAACUGUUUCUGUAGUGACUUGAAAGUUGAAAUUGUACUGGAAAUCUUAGCAGAUUUUAGUCCACUUAACUUGAAGUCACUAAAGGAAAGUUGACAUUCAUUCAUUCCUGUAUCUGCCACACACUGUCUGACACUUCUCACAAAUUAUGCCUGAAAUGUCAACUUCCCCUUGCUGAAAGGUCUUCCACUACCCACAAGACCAUCCUUUUUAUUUCUACAUCUUUUCUGUUUUAAUACAACAUAUACUGUGUCUCCUCCAGACUAUGUCUUUGUCACCCACCCAUGACCUGGCCUACAGUGAGGCCUGAUGACAUGUUUAUUCUAUGAGUAUGUACGAAAGAACAUGAAAAUAUCUUGGGUUUUCCUUCUUUUGUUUACUAACCAAACUAAUGCCUCUGUUUGCAUUACUAGUUCACAAAUGGAAGUGUAAUGACAGAAGAAAUAUAAUGCAGAUACAGUUCCAUUUUGUGUCCCAGGAAGACAAUUCUGGUUGUCAUGCUAGAAAGAUAUUAUUGGCAUCAAGUGGUUUAAAGGUCAGAAAUACUGCUAAAUAAACAUCAAUAUAUAGGAUAGCACCUCCCCGCCCCUCACACAAUAGAUUGUCUGGUCAGUGAGAUUGCCUAAAUUAUUAUUGUUAGCUCAGUUUCUCAAUCAGAAUUACUGUCCUAAUUCCUUUAACAGAUUAUUAGGCUUUCUUUCAGACAACUGUUGAGAACCAUUAUUUAGCCUGAGAAAAUAGUUUAUAAAUGUCCUCAUUCAGCUGAGAUAUAAUUAUAGCAUACAGUAAGGCCUCACUAUAAAGAAUGGAGGUACCAGUAAGAACCAUUCCUAACUACAAUCUAAAUUACUUGAAACAAUCAGCAGAGAUACUUAUUAUACUGGACAGGACACACCUAUUAAAAAGUUGCUAUCAGCAAACUAUUAAAGGCAACUUGUAUCUGUAUGGAAAAGAAUGCUUGUUCUAAACUACCACUAGGAAUACCUGAAAGUCCUCUGAAGUAUCUUGUUAUAUAAUAUUACUAUAACCUGGGGUCUACUGACAGUGAAAUCAGAUAUGAACAGUUUUACUCAUCCGCAUUUGAGUCUUCAUGUGCUAUCAUGACUGGGCACACAUCUCCUAUUCUAGCAUCUCUUCCCUAGUUUUAGCUGUA